AUGCCAACGGAGAGCGGGCCGGCCGGCCUCGGUGCGGCCACGUCGCGACUGUGCGGCCGCAACUUCUCCAACGCGACGUCGCUCGAGAUCCACGAGCAGUACUCGCACGCGCCGUCGGCGCCGACUCCGACCGGCAGCCCGGGGCCGGCCGCGCCGCCCGAGGCGCAGCCGCGGGAGCGUGCGCCACCCUUCCUCGCCACGCACGAAAACAACUCGACGGAGUGGGACGGCCUGCGAGCGGGCGAAGCCAAGAGCGGCGGCGCGCCGGCCAUGGCGCGACCCGGCGAGGAGCACUUCUACCCGCAGUACUGGCCGCCGGCCGAGCCGGGCCCGGAGCCGGGCCCCGAGUCCGGCGUCUGGAGCGAGGCGCAGUUCCCCCCGACGCCCGACAGCGGAGGCUUCGGCGGCCACGCUUCCAAGUCGCCCGACGACGAGAGCGCCGAGAUUCUCGACCUCGACUCGAACCGGGUGCACUUCUACACGCCGGCGCCAGUGGCCGGCUGGACGUCGAUGCAGCAGCUGUACUAUGGUGGUGGAGCAGCUGGGCUGCCGGGGCUGCCCGGCCUCUCCGGCCACCCUGGCCACCCUGGCCACCCGCCUCCCCAAUACGCCGCCGCGCCCAGCCACUUUGCCUCCACCCCGCCGCCACCUAUGAUCCCACCCAAGGUGUACAUGGAGCCGCCGUAUCAGCAGCAGCAGCAGCAGCAGCAGCAGCAACAACAACAUCAGCAACAUCAGCAGCUCCAGCAAAAUCAGCAACUUCAUCACCAACAGCAGCAGCAGCAG